UUCAAGUGCACUGCACUCAUGCAACACAAAAGCAAUGGUGCGACUUUGGCGCCACUAGCACGGCACCUUGCGAAGCUCUCACGGGACUCCCCUGCCCCUGCGCUUGCGUUUGUGUUGCAGGGGGAAAAUGGUGGGUGAAAGCGAGCAGACCAAGCCUCGGAAGAAGUCUCGAAACAACUGCUGCGUAGUGGGUUGUUCAAACACGUACGAGAACUCGAGAGGGACGACGUUCUACUCCUUUCCCGGGCGGCCACACGAGCGAGAGCGUCGGGAACAGUGGAUCGCUGCUGUUCGCCGCCGAAAUGCCGAUGGAAGCCCCUGGAGGCCUACGAAGCACAGCCAUGUCUGCAGCGAUCACUUCGUCAACGGCAGAAAAUCGAACCAUCCCAGGAAUCCAGCAUACCUGCCCACCAUAUUUCCCAGCGUCUACAGGUCAACCAAGAAAGUCGCCGACAAGAGGUUACAGCCAUGGUUGCAGCUGGACGAGAGUGGACCUGUCCCGUUGACUUUCCGAUGCGAACUCAGCGCCACCAGCGGCGAAGUGGAGAUUCCGCGCAACAGUGUGGGAACGCAGACUGAUCCUAACUUGCGGGGUCCGGAGACGGACGUGACAGUUUUCUUGUGCUGCAUGAUGGGCAAUGACGCCGAAACACAAGACAUCGUUCCCAGGAGGAAAGGCGAGGCGCUCGAGCCACUGGGAGCGUGCUUCGAAGUGAGGACGCUCCACGUGUUCCGAUGAGGACUGCCAGCGCGCGCAGGAUGUCUGCUGCUGCGGGACGACACCGCACCUGGUCAGGAGCGAAAGGGGCCUCGGGUUCUGAAAUGGAUCGCUCGUCGUUUUCUGAACUUUCGUGAAGCGAAAGACGUCUUGUUGAAUCAUUUACGCACUUCAUUCAUUUACGCAUUUAUCGCACACAGCUCGUUAAUAAAAACGAUUACUACCCAUCCUAACUUCCGGUUACAUCAGGUGUUCCUCAGGGAAGUGUUUUAGGACCUUUCCUUUUUUAAUAUAUAUUAAUGAAAUUUUUUAUGGUAUUCCUGAACCUGUCGAAGUAAGGCUAUUCGCUGACGAUUGCGUUAUGUUUAAGGAAAUUGAUAGCGUAGACGAUCUGGUGCCUCUAAAUAAUUGCAUGAAUAAUGUUUAUCAAUGGUGCAACCAAAGGGGUAUGAAGCUAAACACCAAAAAAACAGUGUGAAUGAAUGUAACUAGAAAGAAAAAUUACUUCUCGUUCACAUAUACGCUAUCAUCUCACCCACUCAAAGAAGUCAGCGAAUAUAAGUACCUUGGCGUAACAAUAACAAAGAAUCUCAGUUGGAAUAACCACGCAUCCAACAUAUGCGCAUCCGCCUUCCGUAAGUUAUGCUUCCUCAGAUUAAACUUCGACAAGCCCCUCCGUCCGUCAAGCUCCUCCAUUCGUCAAGCCCCUCCAUCCGUCAAGCUGCUGGCCUAUAUAAUUCAAUCAUUAGACCUGCCCUCGAAUACGCAUAUAUUUGGGACCCACACACUAAGAAAAACAUUGAUGCUCUAGGAAUGAUUCAACGUAAAUCCAUUCGGUUUAUCUUUUCUCGAUACCGCAUGACGGACUCCCCAACCUUUAUGAUGCAACAAAAUAAUAUCCAGGAACUUAACUACGUCGCAAAAUUAUGAGAUUAAAGUUUUUUUUUUUCACUUGAAAAACAACUAUCUCGCAUUAGACCCUGCUCCGUACAUACAACCUCUGAUGCCACGACUGACUCGAAAUCGUCAUGCUGAAUCGAUAACACCAUUUAGAACUCGUACUAACACAUUGAAGUUUUCAUUUUUUCCACGAACGAUUACAGACUGGAACGCUUUGCCGCUAUGUAUGCUUCAGAACAGUGACUCAUUCGACGCAUUAACGUCAUAAUGUGAAGCGAUUUUCUUUUGUUUUCUUAUUCCAAAGGACUGUUUUUCCUAAAGUUGCAAUGUUUAUAAUUGUUCUCACGGCCAUAAGGUGCUCAUUUAUGUGUCACCUUUAUGUAUAGAUUAUUUUUCCCUCUCUGUCUUCAUGAUCUAUGAUGAUUUCUGUUUGAUGUUUUUACCAGUGCUUGUGUAAACCUUUUUGAUAGCCCUCCUGCAUGGGCCCUUGCUUGGGCCUGCAGUAUUUUGUAAAUAAAUAAAUAAAUAAAUAAAUAAAUAAAUAAAUACCAUUA